GCUUUCAGUGUCUUAGUUCCCUGGCCAGGGAUUGAACCUGGGCUAAAGCAGUGAAAGCGCCAAGUCCUAACCACAGGACUGCCAAGGAAUUCUCUCAUAUUUGUAUUUAAAGUGGGUUUCUGGACUUCACUCCUGGUGCAUCAGUUAAGAAUCCACCUGCCAAUGCAGGGGACAUGGCUUCGAUCCCUGGUCCAGGAAGAUCCCAUGUGCCACAGAGCAGUUUAGCCUGUGAGCACAACUACUGAGCCUGUGUGCUGCUACUACGGAAGUCCGUGUGCCCAGAUCCCGUAUUCUACAAGAGAAGCCACCACAAUGAGAAGCCUGUGCACCACAAUGAAGAGUAGCCCCUGUUCGCUGGAACUAGAGAAAGUGUGCACACAGUUCUUUUUCUGCAGUUGAGGAUGAAGAAACGCCUUCUGAACAGAGUGUAUCUGCAGGAGUGUCACAGAUGAGGAUCCCCAGGGCAGGUUCAUAUCCUGAGAAGGCCCAGCCGUGUAAGAUGUGUAUCCCAGUUUUGAGAGAUAUUUUGCACUUGGCUGAAGAGCAAGGAACAAAUAGGGAGCAGAAAUCAUACACAUGUGCGGCAUGUGGGAAACAGUUCUAUUUCACUGCAAACCUUCAAGAGCACCAGAAGCAGCACAUUAGAGAGAAACCCUUCAGCUGUGAUAUGGGGAGACCCGCAUUUUUCAAAAGCUGCACAAUCCAUGUAACAGGGAAUCUCUCUACCUCCAUGGAGAUUGGGAACAACUAUGUGGCCAACAUGGAACUUCAGCCACAGGCCACUAAUACCAGGAAGAAACUGAACAACAGUAAGGAGUGUGAAGCUGUUUUUCACAAUGGAAAAGGUCAUCACAGCUGGGGAGAAGGCAAGAAAGCCUCCAGCCACACAGAAAUACUUACUCAGGAUGAGAGAGUUCUCACUACUGAUGGGUUUUGUGAGUUCAGAGAAUGUGGGAAAGCCUUCACCCAAAGAACUAACCUUAUUCAGCAUGAGCAAGUUCACAAUGGAGAAAGGCCUUAUGAAUGCAGCCAUUGUGGAAAAUUUUUUAGCCACAAAUCCCAUUUCCUUACACAUCAGAGAGUUAACUGUGGAGGAAUGCUCUAUGACUGCAGUGAAUGUGGGAAAUUCUUUAGCCUAAGGAAGUACCUCAGAGCACAUAGGAAAAUCCACAGUGGAGAAAAGCCUUAUGAAUGCAAGGAAUGUGCUAAAUCUUUCAUCCAAAAGUGGAACUUAAUUGAACAUCAGAGAGUUCACACUGGAGAAAAACCUUAUCAAUGCACCCAAUGUGGAAAAUUUUUUGCCCGCAAAUCCAAUUUCCUUGCACAUCAGAGAGUUCACACUGGAGAAAAACCUUACGAGUGCAAUGAAUGUGGGAAAUCUCUUACUACUAGCUCUGGCCUCUAUUAUCAUCUGAGAGUACACACUGGAGAAAGGCCUUAUGAGUGCAGUGAAUGUGGGAAAUCUUUCACUACUUGGUCGAUCCUUUGUAAUCAUCAGAGAAUUCACAGUGGAGAAAGACCUUUUGAGUGCAGUGAAUGCGGGAAAUUCUUUAGCCGAAAUGAGCAACUCAGUGCCCAUAUGAAUGUUCACACUGGAGAAAAGCCUUAUGAGUGCAAUAAAUGUGGAAAAUCGUUUACGAGUAGGUCAAACCUUUGUAAUCAUUGGAGAGUUCACAGUGGAGUGAGGCCUUUCGAGUGCAGUGAAUGUGGGAAGUUCUUUAGCCAAAAGGCACACCUCAAUGCCCAUAAGAAAUUUCACACUGGAGAACAAGUUUAUGAGUACAGUAAAUGUGAGAAAUCUUUAACUCCUGAGCUGAACCUCAAGUGUCAUCAGAGAGUUCAUACUAGAGAAAGGCCUUAUGAGUGCAGUGAAUGUGGGAAAUCUUUUGUUGCUAGGAGUGGCCUCCGGUAUCAUCAGAGAGUUCACAAUGGAGAAAAGCCUUAUGACUGCAGUGAAUGUGGGAAAUCUUUUACUGCUAGGUCGAGCCUUCGUGAUCAUCAGAGAAUUCACACUGGAGAAAGGCCUUAUAAGUGCAGUGAAUGUGGGAAAUGUUUUACUGGUAGCUCUAGCCUUCUUCGUCAUCAGAGAGUUCACAGUGGAGAAAGGCCUUAUGAGUGCAGUGAAUGUGGGCAGUCUUUUACUAGUCGAUCCUCUCUCUGUGAUCAUCACAGAGUUCACACUGGAGAAAGGCCUUAUGGGUGCACUGAAUGUGGGAAAGCCUUUAAGCAAAGACAGCUCCUCCGCAUCCAUAGGAAAAUCCACACUGGAGAAAAGCCUUUUGAGUGCAAGGAAUGUGGUAAAUCUUUCACCCAAAGGUGUCACUUGAUUAAACAUCAGAGAGUUCACACUGAAGAAAGGGCCUUAUGAAUAUCACAAACAUGGCCGGCAGUGACAUUGAAGGAGUUCCGGGUGGUAAGAGAGUGAGAAGAACCUGUGCAGCUAAUGGACCCUUUCUAGAGUGGAAACUGAGACACAGAGAUGAUGUGUCAUCGGUUUGUGAUCUCCCAGAAAUGGACAGGGAUCUGGACUUCAAUGCCAGGUUUCCUGGUUCAGGAUAUCUGGAGUCCGUUCACUUCACUCCUCCCCUGCCCACCACCCCCAGGUUUGCGGACUGAAAGAACACCUUGUCCAUCCUGACACUUCUGUCCCCCGACCCCCACGCCAGGAGCCCUGCUCAUACCCCAGCCCCAUGCUGAUGGACAGGAUUAUCUUUUCUCUGGGAACCAAUAUUGAUGACUUUCCUGUGACUGACUGCAUUUAUCUACCCUACCAAUCCAGUGCUGUGAUUCAGUUAUUAUUAUUGCCAUUUGUGAAAGAAGGGGUGUCCAGCUCAGAGAUGUUGAGGGACUUCCACAAGGACUCACUAAUGCCAGGCCUUUGAUGAGAGUGGUUCCUCUACACACUGCACCCGUCCACUGUCUUCUCUCCUGCCCCUCUGAGCAGGGCCUCCACUUGCUGUGUCCUGACCAUGAACUACCCACAUCUGACAUCUGCAUCACUAAGAAUGAAGCUGGGUCUCCAGCUUCAUUUUCACCAGUGCACAUCUCCCAGAAACACCCUCCUGCUUGGGAAAUUCUCCACAGGGACAGCAGCACUAAGCCAGGAACUCCAGACUGGGUCAUUGGUGUCACCCCAGAUUUGACACGGGCUCUACGGCCAUAUGCAGUGAUUCGUUUCUAAGGUCCUGUCCAUCUUUACAUACCCACCUAAGGAUGUUCCUGUUGCCCUGUUAUGUGGUUGACCCACUCACUGUUCUGGGCAGUGUGAGGGACACGGAAGGACUAAGAAUGUCUAGUGUGGCCCUAUGUGGCCUGGUCUCCAAGCAUCCUCUUCCUAAGCCCUUGAUCCAUUGCCUCACUGUUCCUCCCAUCCCUCCAGAAAAAAUGUUAACUCACCAAAAUGAUGAUUGUUAAUUAACAAGAACUUGCCCUCCCCCCCUUGGGACCCACACUUGAUCAACCUACCUUAAAAGCUAAGAUUGAAUGUAGGCUGACCCCUCCUAUGAAGACUUUAAAAUUCAUCUAUAAGAAAUUAUGAUUUUAAUUGCAUUUCUUCAGGAUUUUUUUUUUUUUUGACUGUGUCACACAGCAUGUGUGAUCUUAGUUCUUCUGAUCAGGAAUCUAACCCAUGCCCCCUGCUGUGGGAGCCUGGAGUCCUCACCACUGGACCACCAGGGAAUUCCCUUUCUUAGGAUGGUUGAUGUUGAAUUUUUGUUUUUCAUGUGUCUGUUUUUUACCUGUAUGUCCUGUCUGGUUAAAUUUCUAUUCCUAUCUUUUGCCUACUUUUAUUUU